AUGGCGAAUCAAUUAGACUUUGUAACAGCUUUAAGAUUCAUUCCCGGGUUUGCAGGAGGUAGUGAAACAGAUUUAGCGUCUUUUAUUUCUAGAUGCGAAUUCGUUUUUACUAAAGUACCCGAUGUUAUGAAAGCAGAUAUUUUGGAAGCGGUACUUACGGGGCUCAAGGGCAAGGCUUUUGACGAGAUUAGGUACCGGGACAUUGAAACAUGGGAAGAGCUGAAAAGUCACCUCAAGACUAUAUUUAGUAAAUCGCAUUCGCUAAGUCACUUACGUUCGCAACUAAAUUCUAUGAAAUUAAGUCCGGGGGAGUCAGUAAAAGGGUUCGCGCAGCGCGUAGAGAAAGCGUAUCAUGAAUUAACGCAAGCGAUGACAAGAGGUAAAAAUCCGACGGAAGCUAAAAUUCACCCGCAAUCUAUACCAGAACACGCAUUAAGUGUUUUUAUAGGUGCCGUUCCGAGUUCUAUUGAAUUAAUAUUACUAGCGCGUAACGUCGACGGUUUCGAAGAGGCCGUACUAUUUGCAAUAGAACAAGAGGCACUUUUGUUUAAAACUCCGACGCAGACAAAUAGAUUUAACGUUAAUAAAAGUGAUUUUCGUAAUAAUACACGCAGUAAUUAUAAAGGGAAUUUUAAAAAACCCAGUGAGCGGGCUAAUAUCGAUAAAAGUGCAAUUAAAUGUUUCCGAUGCGAUCGCAUGGGUCAUUACGCUAACGAGUGUAGGACGCCAGAGCAAAAUAUUAUAAAAAAAACCCGAGGUUAA